AUGGCGAGCCUUGAGCCAAACUGUUUUAAGUGGGAGCCCCCUGCCUCCGUCAUCAAGGCAUCAAAAUCUGCCACCAACACCUACAACCUGUUUAUAUCUGACCGUAGCUGCGAUUACUUCACAGCGAAUCGCGGUGCCGGAGGCGAGAGCGUGAAACAGCAGCAGGGUCCACUACCUAUCGAGGCCAAUGUCAUUCAGCGAACCCCCGGACCAAAUCGACUGUCCAAGAAGAAUUUGAAAAGAUCGGCGGGGGUAGUGGUGGCUAUACCCUGUUCACCACUGGCCCUAGAACAGCUACAAAUUCCUUAUAAAAAGGCUCGCAAGGAUGCCACACAUAAUGGUUUAGCUCCGGAGAAUAUUACCCAGGUUAUACAGGCAGUCAUAAACCCGCAAAUUGCGCCACAUGGAGCGGCAUGGACUGAUCCCAAACACCGUGUGAUCGGGGACGUGGAGGUGCAUGUGUCUGAGUCGCCUACAGAGACCGUCACCGUGCAACCGGAUGGGACUAUACAACACGCCCAUGGAGAUCCCCAGUGUGCGCCACCACCAGAGCUGACCGCCGACGAUUGGGCUGGUCUUGACGACAUCUCGUCCUGGACUUCAUCGUUGUUGGAUCAUAUCGACUUCACUCCUGCUCAGUGGAUCGACUCUCCAGCUACAUCCGUAGAGGCUACCACCAGUGCAGAGCCUGUACAACACCAUCAGCCUGCAGAUCCUGCAUCUGGACCCCUACAAGCCAUUCAAGACCCUAUCAGCGACCCCCCGUGCACCGUGAGUCCCAUCGCUCAUGAGGUAGCGGUGCCGCGGCUACCAGCCGGUCCCGCAAUUGCUGUUGAUGAACACCAUGCUGGGGUGCAAGGUGAUAAAUGGCGUAAACAAUUUGCUGAUAAACUAGCUGUGUUAACUGCGUCGGUAGAUGUAAACUCCUUAGGUAUUGCUCGUCAGAGUAAACUGGGGGUGGAGGCUGGGUUUAAGAACCUCCACCAGUUCCCUUAUCUGACUCCACUCUCUAGCUGUGAAUACUGUCUCUUUGUGUCCAGCAUCUUCAAGAACUGUAGACAGUUUCAGUUGGUCACAGUUAAGCACUGA